AUGUCUCCAUUACGUGUGCUGCGCCCCCCCCCCCCACCCCCCCCACCCCCACCCCCUGCUACACGCGCCGAUGACGAGGCCGGACGGUCACCUGCCCGCCAGUGCGUCCUGUCGCCUCCUGCCAGCGAGUCACAAGUUCAGGAGAUCCUCGACCCUACGCAUCAAUUAGGCGUCCAGAGUCAGCCAUGGCCACGAGUCUCAAGGUCUCCCUGUGCGUCCUCCUGGCGACGGCGGUGCUGGCGGCGAGCCCGGAGGUCGUGGAAGGAUCUCCGCUCGGCGGCCUGCAGGGCUUGGUCUCCGCUCCUGACAGGGAUGACAUCUCGACAGGCGGGAGGCCCAACGUCGCCGGCGCGCCCUGCCUGUGCGCCUCCUCCGAGUUCCUGGUGUCAGAGAAACCCUGCCGUUGUGUGCCGAAGUUUACGAAGCCGGAAAUCUAAAGGUCGGUCAGGGGCCCAGGACACAGCCUCCCGGUGUGGAAACGAGGAUAAAUCUGACAUGAGGCUGGCAAGGACGGCUGCCUCGUUCCGCGAAGACUGAACUGCUUCUGUGAUGCUCAUAUCUAUCUUCCAUAUUAUUUUAUAGCUACCUAAGGUAACCUUACAAACCCGUAUAUCUACUGAUUUAUUCGACUAGAAUUCCACUGUAUGAGUUAGCCAUUAAUACAUUUUAUGUACAAGUAUAUCGAAGAUAAGGCGUCAUAUGUGAAAUUUUGGUAGUGUAUGCUCGUAAUAAAUCAAAUUGUUUCAAGA